GUUCACGUGGCUGGGGAGGCUGCCGCCCCCCGCGGCUAUCACGGCGCGCACUUCCGAGGGGCGAGCACCGAUAAGUUCGAGGCCCAGGGCGAUCUCUUCCGUCGGCGCUGGUGCAGCGUGGAGCGCCACUGCCGUUGGUUCACGGUGCGCGUCCCGCUGCGCCGGCACGGCUGGGUCCGGAAG